ACUCUCCGCUUUCUCAGUGUCCCUUUGACUGCACAUCCGAAACUGCAUCGCGCUAUUCGACAACGAGGCCGAGGAUAUAGCAGCUUCAGCUUACGUCGGGUGACAGUCUACUCUUAGCUGAGAGCUCGCGAGAUCCGAACGCGAAUUGCAGAAGGGACGACGGAGAGAGGAAGUAGGAAAGAAUUGAUAAUCAAAAACGGGGAUGAAAAAAUAACGGAACGUACAUAACGGCGAUAAUUUUUGUUUCUUGUCGGAAGUGAAAGUUAGAGAGACUAUCAUCGGAAGAUAAAAUCUGUCUAAAUACAAAAUAAUCCGCGCCGCGACAAAUUUCAUCCCGUUCGGGCAAAAUUUGAGUGCAUGUUGAAGAAACCCCAUUAUACUUGAGAAGUAUAAUAAUAUAUACUAAACAGAAAUAAUAAUAAUUAAACGGCAAUUUUUGUUCCUUUGACGAAAGCCGAGAAAGUCGGUCUCCAUGAUUGAAAACUAUAGUAAGAUAUGGUAAUCGAAUAAAAUUGUCGAUGAAAUAUAAUAAUUGGUUGACAACGAGUUUAAGUUGAGUAUUUGCCGCGAAAGUUUUGUGAAGUUAGUAAAUACGAGGUGUGACAAAGUAAAAGAAACUGACGGUGAUCAGGCAACAUGCUUGGCGGAUACGAGGCGCAGACAGAAUAUUAUCCGCAAUGGCAUCAACCGUAUAAUUAUGUCACUCAACUUCCCUACGGACCCCUCGGCUCAAUUCCUGACGCUGACAGUCAGUCUACGUACUGGGGAGGCGCGGAUUCCGGAAUCUCAGGGGGUAGCUCAGGGGCCGGCAGUCCCACCGCAUCGACGCCACCUCUUAUCGAGGAGAUCGGCGUCCAGGAAACAGGUUACUCACCUCUGCAGCAAUACGUGCACCCUUCGGCAUCCGGCCAGCAUUACACCACCUUGCCGUACUCCCAAGGACAACAAGAAACAUCCCACCGCCAUCACCAUCAUCAUCAUCAUCCACACCAUCAUCAUCAACCUAGUCACCGACGCGAGCAUGAGUUUGCAAACGCCCAGAUUGGCCAACAGAUCGUCGGUGGUACCCUUCAACAGCAACUUCAUCAGGGUGUUCGCGAGGGUGACGUAGUACCCAGGCCGAAGAGACGAAACACCGCGAACAAAAAGGAAAGAAGGAGGACGCAGAGUAUAAAUAAUGCCUUUUCCGAUCUGAGAGAAUGCAUUCCUAACGUGCCCUCGGAUACAAAACUAUCAAAGAUUAAAACCUUAAGACUAGCUGCGUCCUACAUUGGAUAUCUGAUGGCAGUGUUGGAGAGCGACGAGGGAGAGGAACCGCAGACCUUCCGCGCGGAGAUUCUUUCAAAUGGCAGAAGAAAUAAAGCGAUUCAACCUAAUCAAAAUGAGUCAUGCUUACAAUCCGCCUCAAAUCUCGGCUACGAGGAGCCAACGAAGAGCAAAGGACGGACGGGUUGGCCGCAGCACAUGUGGGCCCUCGAAUUGAAGCAGGAAUCACCGACCGGCCAGAUGCAAUAAAAUACACCGGCGACAUCACUGUCAAAACAUAUCCGCGAUAUUUUACAAAAUAUCGCUCGAACGAACGUUCCUUUUUGCGCCUGACGUUACUUUUUAUCGUCGGAAAGAAAGUGCGGCUCCGCAAUUCAACGACCGAUGCGUUUUUCAAACAUCUUCGAAUGUCUGUCAGUAAAAGAAUUGCGAGAAAUUCGAAAUUAUUGAGAGAUAAUAUGUUGUAAUUUCGUUUAUAAAAUAAAUUUUGUUUUAUAAAUAAAAUUCAAAAUUUUGGAAAAAUGUCUAGAAGUUAUGUAGCUUGGGAUAAGAUAUAAUUAUUUGGUGUAAAAAGGGUAAAACUAUUUUGUAUAUAGCACGUGCGUACAUAAUUGUUGUGUAUAUACAUAAAAUUUCCUUAUGUAGCGAUCAGUGUUACUUUGAGCCAAAGAAUGUUAUCAUACCAAUGAGUCUUUUUUCCGUAAGUUAAAUAAUAGCGCUAUUAAAUUGUAAUUAGGAUCACAAUUUUGAGUUGAAUACAUAUCGUUAAUAAUAUUAGAAUUAAGAACCUUUGUAAAGUUUUGUAUAAAUCGUUACAUAGAAAUGUAUAAAAAUGUCACCAGUAAUAAACAAUGUAUCAAAAUAAAA